AUGUGGCUACUUCACCAUAAUCGUCGCCUGAUCGCGCUAACGGGAGUAACAGUGCUAAAUGCCCUUAGGAAUGCUGGCGCUGAUCCCAAUACACGAGAUAAUUGGGGUGCAACGGGUCUGUAUCCCGCAGCAGCAGGAGGUAAUACUGAGCUUGUCAGAUACUUGCUGGGCACGGGAGCCAACCCAUCUAUGCAGACAGUCUUCGAUUGGGCACCACUACACUGGGCGGCACAUAAUGGCAAGGUCGACUGCGUGAGACUCCUGAUAGAUGCUGGGGCCAAUCUGUCUCCUCUAUCAGACACGACAAAGACCCCUCUGGAUAUGGCUCGGAAGAACAAUCAGUGGCUGAUCGCAGAUAUGCUCAUUGCUGCGGGCGCGAAAACAGCGCAGGAAGUCCUUGAGUCAGCUCGAACCGCGCAGAUAUAUGAUAGUCCAAUGUCUCCUGAACAGGGCGGCGAUGAGACGGACUGGGAGGAUGGGAGUAGCGAGUACGAUCAGGAAAUGGUUUCUGAAGCCGAUGAAACCGAAGACGAUUGCAACGAUCUUUCUUUACGUUGA